CCCUGUCCCUACUCCCCACGACAGCUCCGCCUCCGGUCACAAUGAGCAUUGUCCUCUCCAGCCCCACCAGGCACCACCCCUUCUGCGGAAUCGUCCCCGACCCCACUGCUGGCAGCCGGAUCCUACUUGUUUCUAAGCCUGUCUCCUCUGGGGGGUCGCAGACCCAGGGUGCCUCUGAACCCGCUGGGACAGCCAGGUGAGGGUGAUGGAAGACACGGUGACCCAGGCCGAGAAGCACUUCGGCCAGCUCUGCUCGCUGCUGGCCGCCUACACCCGCAAGACGGCCCGGCUGCGGGACAAGGCCGACCAGCUGGUCAGACAGCUCGUCGACUUCGCCAACACGGAGCACCCGGAGAUGCGGGCCACGCUGCGGAGCCUCGCCGAGGACCUGGCCAGAGUGCAGGACUACCGGCAGGCCGAGGUUGAAAGGCUGGAGAGGAAGGUUAUUGACCCCCUGAAGCUCUAUGGGGCGCAGAUAAAGCAGACCCGGGCGGAGAUCAAGAAAUGCAAACGCGUCCGGAACAAUGAGAUCAAACAGCUGGAGAGACUGGAGAAGCUGAGGCAGAAGUCCCCUUCCGACAGACCGACCCUCUCCCAGGCGGAGACCAGUGUGCAGAGGGCCUCGGUGGACGCCAACCGCACCACCCACCAGCUGGAGGAGACAAUUGAUACCUUCCAGAAGCAGAAGCUGAAGGACCUACAGAAAAUUUUUUCGGACUUUGUGACCAUCGAGAUGGUGUUCCACGCCAAAGCCGUGGAGGUGUAUUCCAGCGCCUUCCAGACCCUGGAGAGCUAUGACCUGGAGAGAGACCUGGAGGAUUUUAGAGCCAAGAUGCAAGGAGUUUAUGGACGUUACAAUGCUCGGCCGCUCACAAAUACCACCGCCUCCCCAGCGGUCCCGUGGUCUCUGGCCCAGAGUGCUCAGAGCACCAUACGGAGCCAGAGAAAAGAAGCGGUGAGUGAGGAGGACUCGGCCAAGGAGGAGGAGCCCGUGGAGGACUUUCAGGGGACGGGGGCUCCGUCAAUAACUCGUGUAGGGGGCUGAUGCUGGACGCUCGGGGACGCCGCUGUGUGCAAGUCACGUGUCCUCUGAGCCUUGGUGUCCCCAUCUGUACGACAGCGGUCGCAUCACUCACCUCCUGGGCGGCUCUGGGGAUCCAGGUGUCCAGCCAGCUGGCGCUCAAUAAACGUGGGGGCAUCUCCCCGACUCGA